UGCUGGCUUAUGCAGGCCGUCUUUCUUCUGCAUCCACCUUGACCCUAGCCUCUAUCGCUCAUGGGAAACGAGCAGUCUGGCACUGAGCCUCCGGCAUCGACCACGCCCAGCCCCGACGCGUCUUAUGUCUUGGUAGCGGAUGGUCACUCUAUAUCCAAGGAUGACUCACCCGUUCACCCGACGUUGACUCGCACCGACACCAACACCGCCCAGAGGGGUUCUCCAGCCCGCUCUUUCGCAGACGAAGAACGCGAAUUCCAUGCCAUGCACCAAUCCAAGCUCAAAGCGAGUACCGAUGAUCAGAACGCUCGCUCGCCGUGUGCGGGCCCAGCCAACACCUCUAUCCCAAUAUCGGACACGUCUCUGCCACCUACUUUCGAACUAUCUUCAGAUCUGCCUCUCGACCAGAUGUCCCAUUUCUUUCCCCAUCCUCCCUCUCCCACGGUCUCUCGACAAUCGAGCCCUGCACCGAAGGGUCCACUGCCCAUAUCUGCCUUGGAAGAACCUAUGAAGAAGCUUGAACUGGGCGAUGUCCUCUGGGCUCCUGCAAACCCCGUGAUCGUCCGCAUCUCUGCGCCACCUGCCCCUCCACCAGUGACGGACGCGACUGCCACGGUGACACCAGGAUCUGUCGCUGCUAGUCCAAUCUCUGCACUCUCUCGAGAAGACUCACUCGUUGAUUUCACUGUGGAAGGAGCCAUCGCGUCGUCGACUCCAUACGCCUCUUUUGAUCUCACGAACGAUUCAAUCAUUAGUGAUUCGCUGAUGGACGAAGAAUCAGUCCUGGUGACGAAGAGAAACAAACGCACAGAGGUUGGGAUGAUUCAGGAUAUAUCGAAUGCCUACAUCAAUGAAGGUUCGAGUGUGGUUUUGGACACAUCCGACGGGCCAAUCCAAGUUCCUCCCAACACCUAUGCCGAUGCAACCAAUAUCGCCACUAGAUAUCCCGAUCUCGCUGCCGUUGUAUUGGCUGAACCGCUUGCUGGAACACCAAACAAGAAACAUGUCGAGCUCCCACCCAUUCAAAAUGUCGAGGCUACUUCAGCGCACACUGCGGACUGUCCAAACUGGGCCCUGGCUCCGGACGAGCCUGAGGCACCCCACCCCGCAUCUCAUCAACGUAAUUCCAACCGAGCGUCCGACAAAUCUAAGCACGAACAUAGAAGAGGAAAGCGGAAUCGUAAGCCCACAGGGCAUCGUGGCCGCCGUGCUAGUGACUGCAGCAGUACACAGACGAAUACAAGACAGGCUGAGAGUCGACCUCCUCGGAACGAUAUCAAAGCUCCGACACAUGUAAGUGCUGAGCAUCAGGACGACAGUUGGGUCGCACUCCAAUCACGUGGCGAUGCGCUUUUGUCAGCCCCCAACGGCGCAUGGGAGACAGCGAAGGAACAAUGUCCAUCUUCAGUGCCGACCACAAAGGCUGGGGCACCGCUCUUUGCACAGCACCGGAAUGCGCCGCACCAAGCUCAGGUUGUUCCGCAAUCUACUUCUUUGGCAAGAACGUCCGCUCACGAUCCGCGGUUGCAGCCAGACAAGAAUGCGCAUCUGGGUCGACAGGACCGUGGAUACGGAGCAGCAGUGAAUCAGCUCCCGUUUUCUGCACAGGUACAUCCGGACAAAGCCUCGUCGUCUUCGAGCCCAUCUGAACGUGCUGAUGCCUGGACAUUGCUUACUCCGCCCACUGCCGGGCAGCCAUCCUCGCGGGAUGACAGAGGUCAACCUCAAAUUGUCGUGCCAAAGACCUCUUGGGCACGGAUGUCCACCCACGAUCCAUGGUUGCAGCACAACGAGAAUGCAAGCAGGAAUGAUCACCAGGACAAAGCGAAAGACGUCUUCGGUGGAACGCUGGUGCCCGAGCAAUCCCCUUUCCGCGACCGGGUCAACGUCGCCUCUCAGAAUGAAUCAACGCACAUGCAUGUCGCUCUGAAGAACAGCAACAAUCCGAACAACAUUCAGCAGCAUCAGCAGACCCAAGCCCCGGCUCCUUUCGGUUACUCGUCGCACACGGAUAACCUCGACUGGACUGGUCUGAGACACAGCAAUAACAUGGCAGCCGCUCGCGAAGACUUCAACUUUGUCCAUUCACCGCCCGACACGUUUGCACCGAUGCCGCUUUCGAACAGUUUUGGUAUCGGGGCGAUGAAAUCUGAUCGCUUCCAGUUGAACGGUCGACCCCAGCCUCGCUACGAACCACGCCAGCAAGAUGGUCGUUGGGCCUCAGACAAAAGUGUGCCAGCUGGAGCUAGCGCAUACAACUCUCGUGGCAACAGACUUCCGUCGCAAGAACAGGCAUUCCAGAACCACUGCAACAAUUAUCCGAGUAGACCGUAUGGCAAUUAG